GGGUGCUGUCUCAAGACACUACAGGAAGACAAAGACAAUGGCAGAUAAUGAUUCUGAUGACAAUUCACUUUGAAUAAGUUACCUUUAGAAGACAUUAAACAGCCAAGAUUUAAGACAGAGAAGCAGUUGAUUUCUAUGAGAAACAUUUUAAAACAAAUGAAAACAUAGUCAAAAUAGUUCCGCCAAUUUUCUCUUAUAAAGAUGAAAGGCCUGAAUAUGAAAAGCGAGAAACACCUCUGCCACCAAGUGAGGCCAAGAACUAUGCUGAUGCCCAUGUUAAAAAGAGGAAGAGACGUGAUUCACAAACAAAAUGUGAUGAAGCAGAAUUACUCAUAUUUAAGCGAUUCGAAAAUCUGAACAAACCAAUGUUUGUCAUAAGAGGAAUGAAAUUCUCUGAUUAUUAUAGAUCAUAUGGAGAAGAAAAAAUGCAUAAAGGUGAUCAUGACUUUGUUGUAAUACAUCGGAAAGGCAUUAUGUUCAUUCAAGUAAAGUCUUCGAGUAACGUAAAAAACAAAAGGAAGGUAAAAUCGAAAGCAAACAAGCAGCUUGAAAAGGACAAAAAGAUGUUGGAAGUUAUCACAAAAAACAUUGAAGACAAAGAUCUUGCCAAAGAAAUGCAAUCCCUGUUGUCAAAUGGCUACCAUCUACAACUAGUAACUGCAACUCCAAAUCUUAAUGAAAAGUCAAAUACAGUCAAUAGUGAGACGAAAAGGCUAUACCAAGAAGAUGUUGAAAAUGACAAGGCCUUCAGUGAUUGGUGGGACAGAACCACAGGAGAUACAGAAGACUUCCUUAGUGAUGAACUGUACAACUUUCUUUCUGCAAAAUAUAUAUACAUUCGCCACUUAACUCAUGAAGGGAACAAUAGAAGACCUGCAGCACUGACAAGCCAGGCUUACGAAGAUAUUGCCUCUAAGCUUACAUCAGAAGAAUGGCUUCUUUUAAUACCAGAACAAUUGAAUCUUUUAAAUGAUGAAACUCGCUUCAAAUACAUUGAUGGUCCACCAGGGUCAGGUAAAACUCAGAUUCUUGUACUGAAGGUCAGGAAAAUUUUGGAAACCAAUCCAAAUGACACUAUUCUUAUAAUCACAGUCGGUGAGGCCAUUGCAAUGAAAAUAGAACUUGAUCUCCAGCAAGAGAAUUUGAGAGUUACUGUGAAGUCAGUUGAUCCACGGGCAAACUACCCUGAAGGUGGCGAAACAAAAUAUAACCACAUUUUCAUUGAUGAAUCGCAAGAUAUUCUCAAAGAAACCAUCUCAUACCUUCAAGAAAAUAUUAUUGUUUCCAAGACUGAAGGAUUCUUCUGGUUGUUCCUUGAUAAAGCUCAAAUACUGCAAGAGUAUUCCAAUACCAUUGGUGAAGAUUUCUUAUAUAGAUCCAAAACUGAUGCCUAUGUACCGGAAUUAAAAACAAUAAUGCGAAUGACCUCACAAACAACUGAUAAUUGUAAAGCAUAUGACACCAUGGAUAGAAGAAAUAUUUCAGUUGGACAUAAUGUGGUAGGACCCGAAGUAAAAAUAUAUGAAAGAUAUUCACCAGAGUUUGUAUUGAGCUUGAUUGAUCAAACAGAAAAGCAUCACACAACAAUACUAUUUGAAAAUGAUAAAGACAUAUUAAACUUCAAGGAAAAAUGUGACAAUAAGUACUAUUUUCAAAAUGCCAAAGAAAAGGCGAAAAAUUGCAGUAAUAUCACUUUGGACACAAUUAGAAACUUUAGAGGACUUGAAGAUAAAGUGGUUAUUGUAUGCUUCACAUCAAAUCUAGAAGAUCAAGUUGAACUUGUUCAUAUUGCUUGUUCAAGAUCAUACUGUUCCCUAUUCUACUUACCUUUCUCUCCAAAAAAAGUCAGAA